GUACUCUUUAGCACAGAAAGAAAACAGAGGAAAUAAAAAAUAUAUAAAUAUUCAACGAAGGGGAUCCGCUUCUGCAGGGUUUCCUACUCUCGCGCUUCUUGAAGAAUAAUAAUUUUGGAAGCAAAUUGAAAAAAAAAAAACAAAUACUCUCUCUCAAUCCUUACAAUGUUGCCUUCGUGCUAAUUUUUCUUGAAUUUUUGUCAUUGGGUUGAGAUUCCGACUUCAUAAUCCAUCUGGGUUUUCUGCAAGAACGAAACCCAAUUUACCCCCAAUUGUGCAUCAACCCCUCUUAUCUCUAAUUGGGUUAGGUUUUCUAUUUGUUCUGGGCUCUGAUAUUCUCUCACUGCAUGCAAAUGGCAAGCUAAUUUACAGCUUACAGAUGCAGAAUCUCUGAAAAUUUUGGAACACAAUUUGGGGAAGAAAUGUUGUCGGUAGUAGGGUUUGUGUGUGUCUCUUUUACCCGGACAUCAAUUAAGAUUGUCUGGUAAUAAAUAAUCUUUUUUGUCAGAAUGUCGAAAAUGGUGCUUACUUAUAAAUCCCUCUUCUGUUGGUUCUUGAUGACGUCAGCAUUGCUCAUGUCGUCUUGGUUCUUUGUGCUGAGAUCAACUUGGCUAACUCAUUCGGUUGAUUUCGGUUUCUUACCAAACUCGAAGCUUCGUUACGGAUCGCCUCUCGCAAGCGAAUCGAUAAUCGGAGGAGUAAGCUCGAAUAGGAAUCCGAGAAAAUGCGAUUCUAAUAAACCGAUUCUCAAGGUUUUCAUGUACGACUUGCCUCCGGAAUUUCACUUCAGUCUCUUGGACUGGAAAAGCGUCGGGAAAAGCGUCUGGCCCGAUGUUUCGACCGAGGUGCCCCACUACCCCGGAGGGUUGAAUUUGCAGCACAGUAUCGAAUAUUGGCUAACUAUGGAUCUUUUAAACUCGGAAAUAUCCAAAAAUUUGAGUGGCCGAGUUGCUAAACGAGUGCGAAAUUCCAGGGAAGCGGAUGUUGUGUUUGUACCCUUUUUCUCAUCCAUAUGCUAUAAUCGGCACUCGAAGCUGAAGCCGGGUCAGAAAAAGAGUACCAACGUUGUAUUGCAAGAGAAAUUGGUUAGUUUCUUGAUAGCUCAGAAAGAAUGGAAAAGGUCUUUCGGAAAAGAUCAUAUAGUUCUUGCUCAUCAUCCGAACAGCUUAUUAGAGGCGAGGAUGAAGCUGUGGCCCGCAAUGUUUGUUCUGUCCGAUUUCGGGAGGUACCCUCCGACGGUUGCGAAUGUUGAAAAAGACGUUAUUGCCCCUUACAUGCAUGUUGUUAGGAGUUACGUGGAUGACUCGUCUGAUUUCGGUAGUCGUCCGACCUUGCUUUAUUUUCAGGGAUCCAUAUAUAGAAAAGACGGUGGAAGAAUUCGACAAGAACUAUAUUACAUGCUAAAAAACGAGACUGACGUGCACUUCUCUUUUGGUACUGUUCAAAACGACGGUAUCAAACAAGCGACCAAUGGCAUGCGAGCUUCGAAAUUCUGCCUCAACAUAGCAGGCGACACUCCGUCAUCGAAUCGCCUGUUCGACGCAAUAGCCAGCCAUUGUGUGCCCGUUAUUAUAAGUGACGAAAUCGAGCUUCCGUACGAAGAUGUUCUAGAUUAUUCCGAGUUCUGCGUAUUUGUUCGUACGUCAGAUUCUCUCAAAGAAGGGUUUCUCUUAAAUCUUGUUAGGAAUAUUGGCAGAGAGGAGUGGACAAGAAUGUGGUCAAGGUUGAAAGAAAUCGAGCAUUUUUACGAGUUUCGAUAUCCUUCCCAGGUGAAUGAUGCUGUUCAGAUGAUAUGGCAGGCGAUCUUCCGGAAGGUUCCGGCUAUUAAGAGACAAAUUAAUAAGGACAUGCGGUUUUCUCAAACGGGUGGGCUUAGUGAAAGCGGGCUUCAGUCGAUUACUGUGCCGAGGAAUUUUGGUUGAUUAGACCUAAAAAUUGAGAAGUGUUAGUUAUUGCUGUAGAUAUAGUUUUGAUCAAUUUGUUUCAUUCAUUCAGUUUUGUGAGUUUUGCUCAAUUUUGUUAGCUUU